ACACAAAAAAAAAACAGAGAGAGCAAAAGAAAUGCUGCUUUGGGGGCACAAAGAAAGAGACUUUAGCAUGAACUUGGAGAGAGAGAGAGAGGGAGAGCACAACCAAAGCGACCUAAAAGAACCUGAGACGAAAGCGAUGUUAGGCUUGUAAGUGCGUAAGCGACGGCGGUUGCCGUUGGCGAAAAUCUCAGAGCUGAAGAAAGAACAAUAAGCGUCGCCGCGAUCGCUUCAUCAGCAUUUAUUCAGCCUCCAUGCAAAUCGCAGAACCCUAGAAAAAGUUCCAUCUCUCUUCUCUUAACCCUCCUCUCUCUCUCUCUCUCUCUCUUUGUAAAAACCCAACAGCUGUUUCGAUCAAAUCUCAUGUUGUUCUUGGUUCUGUUGAAGUCUCCAGCUUUCCUCAACCUCUCAAGCCUCCCAGAAAAACUCAGUUUUUGUUUCAAAGGUGUUGCGUUCACCAGCAAUGCGCGGUCUCGAUCGGUGGAUUGCUGAUUUGGUCAGAUCAGAACCCUCGGAUCACCCUUCUUACACACUCGGCGGGUUGUUCCUUUCCGAAACUACUCUUUCUUCGUCCGUCACCUUUGUCUCCUCAGGGAAUUGUUCCGUCAAUUCGUGUCGAUUUGACCGAAAGUUGAAACUUUUGACGCUUCGGAGAGGAAAUGGGACCAGGGGACCUCUGUUUCUGUCUGUGAAUCUAUCGAUAAAGGAGAAUGGCGAUGAGGAAGAGGAAGGCGAAGGAUAUAAUGGGGACUCGAGACAGAGAGAGGGGAAAAACGGGGAUAAAUCUUUUGAACAAGUGGCGGUGAUCAGUGAGGAGAGGUCUAGGGUUAAGGAGAAUGGAUCAGGUGCUCUCAAUACCACCAAGCAUUUGUGGGCUGGAGCUGUUGCCGCCAUGGUUUCAAGAACUUGUAUUGCGCCUCUUGAGCGGAUGAAGCUAGAAUACAUAGUCCGGGGAGAGCAACAGAAUCUGGUUGGUCUCAUCAAGAGAAUUGCAUCUACAGAAGGGAUUCAAGGUUUCUGGAAGGGGAAUUUGGUUAAUAUUCUCCGAACCGCUCCUUUUAAGGCCAUCAACUUCUAUGCAUAUGAUACGUACAGAAGCCAGCUGUUGAAACUUUCCAGAAAUGAAGAAACUACAAAUUUUGAGAGAUUUGUCGCGGGUGCAGCAGCCGGAGUGACUGCUAGUUUACUUUGUCUACCGCUUGAUACGAUAAGGACAGUGAUGGUGGCACCUGGUGGUGAAGCAUUAGGUGGAUUAGUAGGGGCCUUCCGUCACAUGAUCCAAACAGAAGGAUUCUUCUCUCUUUAUAAGGGACUUGUACCUUCACUUGUUAGUAUGGCUCCGUCUGGUGCAGUGUUCUAUGGCGUCUAUGAUAUUCUGAAGACGGCCUACCUUCAUUCCCCGGAAGGUAAGAAAAGAAUCGAGCACAUGAAACAAGAGGGAGAAGAAUUGAACCCUUUUGAACAACUCGAACUCGGUCCCAUGAGGACACUUCUGUAUGGAGCAAUAGCUGGGGCUUGCUCUGAAGCAGCCACUUACCCUUUUGAGGUUGUAAGAAGGCAUCUUCAAAUGCAGCCUCAUUCAAGGAAGUUAAGUGCUGUGGCAACUUGCAUGAAGAUUAUCGAGCAAGGUGGAGUUCCUGCCCUUUAUACCGGGUUGAUUCCAAGCUUGUUGCAGGUUUUGCCAUCGGCUGCCAUCAGUUACUUCGUGUACGAAUUCAUGAAAGUUGUUCUGAAAGUAGAAACAGCAACGGCAUAAGAUAGAUGCUCCUCCCCCGUUUACAAAUCAGUCGAAACUUCAUCCUGCAUUGAAAGGACUUGCUUUUUUUUCCAUAGAGAAGAUUUUCAAGCGUUU